AUGACUGUGACUUUGAUAGGGAGAGAACUCGUGACCACAUGGGUGGGCGUGGAUCUGGUGGAGACUGCUUCAAAUGUCGUAAGCCAGGGCAUUAAUGUCUCUCUGGAGAAGGGCAAAGAGGAGGUGGUAGAUAUGGUGGUAGGGAUGACAAAUAUGGAGGUGGUGGCCAGUAUGGUCCUGAUCGUAAUGGUGGUCGGAGCUGGGACUCUGACAGUCGUGGAGGAUCAGGAAAUGAUAAGUAUAACUGUGAUCGAUCAGGUCCAUAUGAGCUGCCUUCAUCAGGUUGAUGGGAUUUUUGCCAUAAUCUAG